AUGUAUAUCUACAUAUUUUGGAAACAUGCGGGAAAACACACGGAAGAAGAGGAUGAAUCUGAACAAUUACUGCAUUUCAGAGUCACAACUGAUAAUGACUUACUUGAUCGUGGUAGUAUUACCGCCUGGCGCCGUCGCGUGUAUCUUCGCCGAGGCGAGUCCCGUUUGAGCACAACCCUGCCCAACCUUCUCGAUCUUCAGCAAGAGCUCGCACAAAAUCCAUCCAUUCGUCAAUGUGAGUCUGCGAGUCUUGGCGUCACGCAUGAACUGCCAUCAACAGCGAGUGACAUAAGCGUCGACAAUGGCAGUUCAGUUUAA